AUUGAAACCAACCUUAAGCUUUUCUUAUCUCCGCCCUAAAGGUAGCCCCGAUUAUUGCUGACUUAAGCAUCGGAGUGUCUACCCCGAGUUCCACCUCGGGGCUUUGCAGGUCAUUCCGAAGUGCAAGCGCGGACUAGAGAAUGACUUCGGGUCUGGUGCAAUUACAGAAGGAAACUCAAGAAGAGAUGCGAUUCUCUUUUUGCGUAUUGCAUCCAUAUAGUUAGCGUUGUUUGCUUGAAUAGUUGCUCUUGUUAUUGCACUAUUUCCAAGCAAAAACAACCGAACCCCAUCAAAUCCUUUGAUUUACUUGGAAAAGGCUCUGAGAUAUUGGCAGAAUCCAAGGGAACCACACUGCUAAUUCCAAAACCAGAAGCGUGUUAAUGCCAUGGAGUUGAGUUCUGCCUUGAAUUUGUUUUUGAAAUCUAAAGUUGACUCCGACAAGGGGAAAGUCAUUUGGUUUGCAUGAUGGAUUGACUUUGGCGUCAGCUUCAACAAACAGUGGUUCAGGACAUUCAAAGAUUUUCUCGCUAGUUUAAUCAUUAAUUACUCUCUGGGGGUUAUAAAUACUAGCUGAAAACACAUCCAGAGCUAUGGACCCUUACAAAUGUGUGUGUUCUUAUUCAACGUGUGCAGUAAAAUCAACAUGAAUUACACAAUUUCAAAGUAGCUACAUUUGAUAAGGUACAAACAGUGUCAACCAAUGCAUAUCUGAACCCUUAAGCUCCCCCUAUUUCUGCUCCUGCACCUCCUCUGCUUGCCAGUUUCAAGGACAUUGAAUGAAUUCAUUUGUGCGGGUAAACCUUCUUUGCGUCCAAUCACAAUGGCUGACAUUGCCCUCAAUAUCCUUAGCCCUAUCAUUGAUGGGACAAUAUCAAAAACUGUCUCACUUUUUAAGAAUAAAAUCGUGACUGAACUGGGUUUGGAGAAGGAGCUCAAUAGGCUUCGCCUUUUUCUCCAAUUGAUUCAAUCUGUCGUUCAGCAGGCAGAGGAAGGGCAAGAAAGUGAUCCGGCCAUAAUGUGUUGGCUGCAAAAUCUCAAAGAUGUAGCUUAUGAGGCGGUGGAUGCACUAGAUGAGUGUGAGUACAAGGUUCUAAAGCACAAAGUUAAGUAUCGUGAGCGACACUGGAUUCCUGAGUCCAUCUCCUUUUCUCCCAUGUUUCUUAAUCGUAUGGCUGGGAAAAUCAAGGACAUUACUGAGCAGUUGAGCUAUUUGAAAGACUUGUCCGGUAUGAUCAACCUAGUGGUCUCAUUGAGAGGCCAAACUUGUCCAACGCAAUAUCCAAAGACAGACUCUUUUCCUGAUAAUUCUGCACUAUUUGGAAGGGAAUAUGAUGUCGCAACAAUUCUCAGCUUGUUACUUGACUUGAGGUGUCAACAUAGUCAACAUUCUGUCUCUGGCAUUUCAAUUGUAGGUAUGGCUGGGGUUGGAAAGACAACAAUAGCAAAAUCAGUAUACAUGAAAGCAAAGGAGGAAAAGCUUUAUGAUCUAGUGGCUUGGGUGUGUGUAUCUGAGGAUUUCAAUGAGCAAAUAAUUUUUGGAGAGAUGUUGCGGCAUUUUGAUCGUACUGCCGCUCCAACGAAUAAUAUGAAUGCACUGCUAGAAGAUCUUGCCAAAGAAUUAGAGAAAAAAGCUUUUCUUCUCAUUCUUGAUGACGUAUCGAAUGAAGAUCCUAAAAAGUGGGAUUCUUUCAGCUCUCUGUUAAAAAUUCUGAAAAAAAUGGGAGCUCUAUUGUGGCAACAACUCGCAGUGAAAAGAUCAUCGGGAGAAACUUUGAUGCCUCCAGAUUUAGAAGCUAUUGGACAUGAUAUUGCCAAAAAAUGUGGGGCUUUGCCAUUAGUAGCAAGUGUCAUGGGAGGAACUUUGAGCCCUCAAGCUGAUGCUGAUAUUGGAAGAUUGCAUUUGCUUACUAAGUUGGAUGUUUAUAAAUGCGAAAAGCUGGCCAGCUUGCCGGAGGACUGCCUUGGACACCUCACCCACUUAAAAAUGUUGAAGAUGGGUCCGUUCUACACUGAGUUGGAAGAAUUCUCAGGACUCACUUCCAUUCAUCACCUCCACGCUUCUCUUGAAACAUUGGAAUUGUAUGGAUGGGAUAAGCUAAAGUGUUUACCACAUCAGUUGCAACAUCUCACUACCCUAAAGAAAUUGGCGUUAUGGAACUUCAAUGGCCUGGAAUCAUUACCAGAGGGGUUGGAAUUGAGGAGCUUUCCAGAGGAGUGCCUUGGUUGCCUCACCCACUUGCAGGAGUUGUGUUUGGGUCCUUUCUGGUCAGAGUUGGAGGAAUUUCCUGGAUUCACUUCCCUUAGUCACCUCCACACUUCCCUUGAAAUUUUAGAAAUAAGUGGAUGGGACAAACUGAAGUCUCUUCCACAUCAACUUCAAUAUCUCACUACCCUCAGAAAAUUGAGGUUACUCUCCUUUGAGAGCCUGGAGGAACUUGACCAUAAGGGGAUUGAAAAGGCAGAUAUCUCACCUAUUCCAUCUGUAAAUGCUACAUUUUCUAAGCAUCAACUGCAAUAUUCACUUGUCAUUUUAACUGCAGAUGUAAGGAAGUUGAAAAUUGGAGCACCUUUCCAUGGUUACCUAGAUGAUGACACUCAAACAGGGGUCAGAAUGCUAUCUCAACCAUCAGGUCAAGGGUAUAAUGAGUUUCUUGUAGAGAAGGAAAACAUUAAGAGUUUUGAACUUAUAUGUUUUCUUCAGAAGACUCAGAACUUGAAGAUAUUAGGUCUAUGGCAAAAAACUCUCCCUGCCUUGGAUUCAUACUUCCUAGAACCUGAGGCUAAUUUUCAUGCCAUGGAAACUCUACUAAAGAAGUGCCUUGAAAUUGAAAAUCUGAAAUGGAGGGCUGUUGCAGUAUCUGCACCAAAGAACAUGAACAAGAAGGUGCUUUGCUAUUUUAAUAAUUCUUCCACACCAAGGCACCUGUCAUGUAUACACAAAAGAUGCAUGUGGGAGAGUAUAAUAGAAGAUUGGAUAAAUUCAUGCAGUGGAAGUCUUGCAAGGUCAAUGGCAAAGAACUUAUCUCUUGCUAUGAACUCAAACUUUAUUCAACCUGAGGCUGAUUCUUUCAUGGGAAGGAAACUCAACAAGAGAUGCAAUUCUCUUUUCACAUAUUGCAUCCAUAUAAUACCCACUGUGAAGUGUGAAUCGGUGCUUCCGGCUUCCCUUCAGCUCUCACCUCUCACCGUGCAACUCACCGCAACCCUUGGCCCUUGCUGCCCUGCAACUCACCGCUCACCUCCAGUUGAGCUCCAAGGCUGCUACUGGGUCGUCUCAGCUAGCCUCUCACCGUGGCGGGAACUCCAAAUACCCGUGGGGACCUAUUAUUCCCCGCGGGGAUGGGGACGGAGGCAAUUUUUGACCCUCCGCCAAAAAUCCCCGUGGGGAUCCCCGUACCCGCCAUUGAUGGGGAUGGGGAUGAGGAGGGAGUCCCCGCCUCCGUGGGGACCGUUGCCAUCCUUAAACCCCAUCAAGCUCGUGCCUUGAGCAAAGCUACCGGUAGCUGUUGAGGUGAUGUGCGUCACUCCCCUGCCAUUUAAUUUGUUUCCUUGAGGAAGCAAUGCUGGGGAUUAAACUAUUCGUCGGCAGCGAUUAUCUUGCUAAACAUUAAAGAAAUUGAAGCAAUUCGU